AGCAUGGUGAAUAAAAAUGGAGAGAUUUAAGGCGAAGUGUGUGUGAUAUAAUGUAAGAAUGCGCAUUUAUUUGUCAGUGUGUCGGAUUAGUAAGGGCAUUCAAAGCCAGGUGCUGACUCAAAACGUUCUCGAGGCUGAAGUCUGCUGUCCUGCCUGAAGGAGGGGUGCCGUUGUCGUCACACAUACAAACACACACACACAGACAAAAUCUGCACUGAGCUGCGGCUGGAGGCAGGAAUAGAGACACUGAGAAACAUCCAGACUCCUAUAAACCAUGGCAGAUAUGGAUGCUCUGACUAGGGCUCUGAAUGCCAUCAGUGUGAGCACGGAACUUGUAGAAGAGGAGCUUAAGCCUCAUAUUGAAACUCUUCUGAAUAUCUUACUGGAAAAGAAAACGGGUGCUGCAGAGCAGAUAGCCUCCAGUGGAAUACUGCCCACACUAGCCCAGACUCUGAGACAGAAAGACUCCCUCACAUCACAAGUGACACUGUUGGUUGCAGAAAUGGCCAGAGAAGCUUCUGUAAGGGAGAGGUGUAUUCAGGCAGGACUGGUCACUGCUCUGGUGCCUUUACUGAACAGCCCAGACCAGGAGCUUCUGCUGCACGCCGGCCGUGCCAUCGGACGCAUCUGCUUUGAUAACACUGCGCAACAGACUCAGUUAGUGAAGAGUGGUGUUAUCCCCCGACUGGUUGCCAUCAUGCACCAGUACCCAGAGAAUGAUCCAUUAGUCAACGUUUGCCUUUUGGCUCUGUGUAACCUUGCUGAUUUGGAUGCAGCAAGAGACGCUUUGGCAGAAGUCGGGUUGGCAGAUGUUCUGACCUCACAGCUAAAGCGUGCGCCAGAUGCAGAGCGCCGGCAUCUUAUCCUGGAGGUGCUGGGAUCCCUGGGAGAGAGUGAUGCACUGAAGCUCCAGUUUGUAGAGGGCGGGGUGCCUCAAGCUCUCUCUGAAAUGAUACGAGGAUUGCAGGGUGACUCCGACCCUCAUGAUCUGUGCAGUAUAAAAAUAGCAUCCAACCUCAUAGUGACGCUGCUCCUGGGGGAUGAAUCCAUGCAGAAAUGUUUUGGAGAGGGAACAGAGGGUGUGUAUCAGGAUGUCUUGUCCUGGCUACAGUCCUCUAACACACAACUUCAGCUGUCUGGUGCACUGGCAAUUGCCAACUUCGCCAGGAAUGACAGUAAUUGUGUAAAGAUGAUGGAACUAGGGGUUGUUCCAUAUAUCCUGGAUCUGCUGGAGCAUCAUGUGGAUGAAGGAGAUGUGUCAGUGCAGCAUGCAGGCCUUAGUGCUCUCAGAAAUCUAGCUAUACCAGCGUCUAAUAAAGUGCGUAUGCUGGAGGAUGGAGUGAUUCAGCGGAUCAGAACGCUGCUGCGCUCCGACAUGCCUCCUGUCCAGUUCAAGCUUCUGGGGACUCUGCGCAUGAUGGUGGACGGCCAAGAUGAGGCAGCUACGGUUUUGGGCAAGGAUGAGAUGUUAUUGGCACGGGUUAUGGAGUGGUGUGAAGCAAAAGACCAUGCUGGUGUCAGAGGAGAGGCCAGUCGGCUUUUAGCAGCACUUAUCAGACACAGUCGCUCUCCAGAAGUCAUCCAUGCUGUCAUCAAGGCAGAUGGAGUCCAACACCUCAUCUCUAUGGCAACCAGUGAACACGUCAUUAUGCAGAAUGAAGCGUUGAUUGCUCUAGCCAUUGCCUCUGCAAUAGAUAUCGACAUGGUGGAAGAGCCGUUCAGUCAUGCUGAUCUGCUGUCCACCUUGAAGAAGAUGCUGGAUGACCCUGUAGGCGCAGUAGAAGUCAAAUUUAGCACAUUAGGGCUCAUAUGCAGUCUGGCCAACUCCAGUACGCUGAAGGAGCAGAUGGACAGUCUGAACCUGAAGGACAGCCUGUCCAAGCUCUCCGGUCACACCAGCACUAAGCUGGCCUCGCAGGCAGUCUCAGUAAUGGGCGUACUCUCUGAGACUAGCUAGACCACCUGUCCAAACUUUAUGAUUGAUGGGACUGUUGAUUAGAAGUGUCCUCUUCAUACACCACUGACCAUUGCGUGUCCUCUUCAUAAACUUCUCAUCAACCCAGGCCUUUUUUCUGUGAAACCUCAGUAGGACGCGGGGAUGAUGCCAUCCCGGCAGGGAAGCCUAAUUGGCUCAUCAAUAAAGCAUCAUUAGAUGGUUAUAUUAGCUGACCUCUGAUGACCUUGAGGAUAUACAAUGUACAAUUAGAGGUUGUGUCAACAUGCUUAAUUUCUCCUGUAUAAAAGCACAAGGACUUUUUCAAUGCAUUUCAUUAACUAAGAACUCUGAUGAGGAUAAUAGCAAUCUAAAAACAACAUGCUGUAAUAUAAAUGCAUUUGGUAUCAUACAGUAGUUAUCUGCCCAGGCACCAUUUAAUGCAGGCUACUUUUCUUAGACUGCUAAUCAGUCCCAAAUAGGACAUGGCAUGUUGCUUUUUUUGUUUCAGCAAGUGUUGAAUUUGUGCGAAUAUGACAUUUUGUCAGUCUUACACUACAUUAACCAUAUUCUUCAAUAAGAAAAGCACAUAGACGUCCUGCAUUUACAUAAUGUGGAACGUGAUUACAAUUCUUGCCUGAGAAAAGGAUUUAAAUUUGCAAUAAUUAUUUAGUCAUUAUUUUUAAUUAUCACAUUGCUGGUUGUACUAGUACUUAAAAGAAUUUUGAAAUGCAAAUAAUUUGAUCAUGUUGAUCAUUCUAUUAGCUAACCAUAGAUGAAAGGAAAGUUCAUGUGUGUCUUAGCAAUACCAAGGAAUACUGUAUAUCAAGAGUCGUGUUUGAGAUUGUCUCAUCUAGUAUAAUAAUAAUAGCAAAUUCACAUCCUAUAAUGUGUUUUAUGUGUGACUGUUUUGUGGGAUAAUACAAAAGUCUGCAGUGUCCGUGUGUCUAACUGUUUUACUAAUACAUGAUUCUUGAUUCUUUGCACAAAAUUCACAACUGGGAAGAAGUGAAUUUACAGUUGCUAUUCCAAGCAGAUGAUGAGCAGAGAAGUGCUUUCUGAUAAUACAGGAUCAGCUGAAAGAGAUGAAACUCAAAAGACUGUGAUUAGGGAAGCUUUUGUGUGCCGUAACUACCCUGCUGCAUCACCCACCCCUUCAACAGCA